AUCUUGAUUUAAGCUAUGUUGUUUUCUAUAUUAAACAGAAAUUCGUAAUUGAGAAUGGACUGAAAAAAUGUUGCUAGAUAAAAACUAAAAAGUAAUGUUUUUCUUUUCUUGUCAAGAGCUGUCAAAAAGCUGUAAAAAUGGUACAGCGUCUUACAUUUAGGCGACGGCUGUCGUACAACACCAAGUCAAACCAGAGGAGAAUAGUAAGAACUCCUGGUGGACGCCUGGUAUAUCAAUAUGUCAAGAAGCCCAAGAAGAUCCCAAGGUGUGGCCAGUGCAAAAGCAAACUCAGAGGCAUCCAGCCCGCCAGGCCCGCUGAACGUUCCAGACUGUGCUACAGAAAAAAGACAGUGAAACGUGUGUAUGGAGGAGUCCUAUGCCACAAGUGUGUUAAACAGCGCAUUGUCAGAGCUUUCCUCAUCGAGGAACAGAAGAUCGUGAAGGUCCUCAAGGCACAGCAAGCUACUGCCAAGACUGGCAAGGUCAAGGCUGCAAAAUGAACAUUAGGGUGUAAAUAAAUAAUUCAAAAAUCA